UGCAAGCUGACGUAAGGACAUUACAAGGAAAGGGCUACAUUUCGGAGUGUUUAUGAAAAGCUUCGGUACUGUACUGUCACCAGGGGGCAUGCAAUAGAAUGCAUUUCGUCCAACAUUUGGGAUAAUGAUCAUUUAGAAAGCACUACGACCAAAACAAAAAGAAAAGCAAGAAAACGGAAAAAAAGAGCGAGCGAGCGAGCUUCCAGCGAGCUUUGGAACCGGCGCCAGGCAGAGGAGCCAUGCAGUCAAACUUUCGGGAAGCCUCGGUUAUUUUUUCUGACAUUGCAGCUCGCCCUUGAGGAUCGCUUACUGAAUUCUCCGGAUUUUGUUUUGCUUCUUUUUUUCCCUCCCCCCCUCCCUCCACCUCUCCCGCCGUCUCCAGGCCCGGUUGAUUCGCUUUGCCCGUGGCGGCAAAGGAGGAGAGAGAAUCGAGCGAGCUCUCCAACAGCGAGGAAGCCGCAGCAAAACGCCCUGCCUGCUUGCCUGCCUCUCUCCGCUGGCUGGCUGGUUGGCUGGUUAGCUGACUCUCCCGCACGGCUCGCUUGCCUUGGGAUCCAGUGUUGUUUUGAAGGGAGCUAACAUGGCGACGGUGCCCGUCUAUUGCAUCUGUAGGCUGCCCUACGACGUAACCCGCUUCAUGAUCGAGUGCGACGCCUGCAAGGACUGGUUUCACGGCAGCUGUGUUGGUGUAGAGGAAGAUGAAGCACCAGAUAUUGAUAUUUACCACUGUCCAAAUUGUGAGAAAACCCAUGGAAAAUCUACUUUAAAAAAGAAAAGAAAUUGGCACAAACAUGACACUGGUCAAGCAACAGAAGUAAAGCCUGUCCAGAAUGGUAGUCAAGUGUUUAUCAAAGAACUUCGAAGUCGUACAUUCCCCAGUGCUGAAGAUGUGGUAAUAAAAGUGACUGGAAGCCAACUAACAGUUGAAUAUUUGGAAGAAAACGGAUUCACAGAGCCUAUUCUCAUUCCGAAGAAGGAUGGCCUGGGCUUAUCAGUACCGGCACCAACGUUUUAUGUUAGUGAUGUUGAAAACUAUGUUGGACCAGAAAGGAGUGUGGAUGUUACAGAUGUCACUAAACAGAAGGACUGCAAGAUGAAACUAAAAGAAUUUGUUGAUUACUAUUAUAGCACAAAUCGAAAAAGAGUCCUGAAUGUAACUAACUUGGAGUUUUCAGAUACAAGAAUGUCCAGUUUUGUAGAGUCUCCUGAAAUAGUGAAAAAGCUCUCGUGGGUGGAGAAUUAUUGGCCUGAUGAUGCUCUGCUGGCAAAACCAAAAGUGACCAAAUACUGUCUGAUUUGUGUGAAGGACAGCUACACAGAUUUCCAUAUUGACUCUGGUGGAGCCUCCGCCUGGUAUCACAUCUUAAAAGGAGAAAAGAUAUUUUAUCUCAUCAAACCAACUUCUGCAAAUAUCUCCCUCUAUGAGCGUUGGCAGUCAGCAGCAAAUAACAGUGAGAUGUUUUUUGCUGAUCAAGUGGAUAAAUGUUACAAAUGCACAGUUAAACAAGGACAAACACUCUUCAUUCCAUCAGGAUGGAUUUAUGCAACUUUAACACCUGUUGAUUGCCUGGCCUUUGCAGGACAUUUUCUACAUAGUUUAAGUGUUGAGAUGCAGAUGAGAGCAUAUGAAGUUGAAAGACGAUUAAAAAUUGUCAGCUUAACCCAGUUUCCCAACUAUGAAACAGCAUGUUGGUAUACAGGAAGGCAUCUGCUGGAAUCAUUUAAAGGAUUGCACAAAGCUGGAAAGCAGCCUCCUUCCCAUUUAGUCCAGGGAGCAAAAAUUCUAAAUGGUGCUUUCAGGUCUUGGACUAAAAAGCAGGCUUUAGUGGACCAUGAAGAUGAACUCCCAGAACAUUUUAAGCCAGCACAACUGAUUAAGGACCUUGCCAAAGAAAUAAGAUUAAGCGAAAAUGCUUUGAAAGUCAGCAAACCUGAAGUGAGUGUUAAUGUGAAUGUUGAGGAAAUCACUCCUGUGGAGAAAGAAGAAAUACCGUCACCUCCACCACAAACGCCUCCGCCACCUCCUCCGCCACCAUCGCCGCCUCCACCACCACCUUCACCACCACCACCACCGGCUGAAAAAGUCCCUAAGAAAAAGACUCCCAAAGCAAUAAAAGCACCAAAACCCACCAAGCUAUCUAAACCUCCCAAGCCCCCUAAGCCCCCUAAGCCCCCCAAGCCCCCCAAAACCCCAAAAGUAAAGGGGGAAGGGAAGAAAAAAGGCAAGAAAGUUAAAGAACCGCCUCCACCUGCCAUUCCAAAUUUAGACCUUCUUGAGGCCCACACAAAAGAGGCUCUAACAAAGAUUGAAACACCAAAGAAGGGAAAGGCUGCCAAGAAUGCUUUGAACACCCCUACUAAAGAAUCUGUUGAUAAACAAAAUGAAGUGGAAAAGCUUGAGGUUCGGGAGCAGAAUAAAUCCAAAACAGAAGCAAAAUGGAAAUAUAAGAACAGUAAACCUGAUUCAUUACUGAAAAUGGAAGAGGAGCACAAACUGGAGAAGACACCAUUAUCAGGAAAUAAAGACAAUAAAUUUAUGUUUUCUUUCUCCAACAAGAAAAUACUGGGAUCAAAGGGAAUGAAAACUCAGUUGAAUCCUAGUAUAUUUGGGUCACAGCAAAAUUUCAAAGAAGAUAAAGCAAAACCUGUGAAAGAUGAAUAUGAAUAUGUCUCAGAUGAUGGAGAAUUGAAAAUAGAUGAAUUUCCAAUUAGAAGGAAGAAAAACACCACAAAAAGAGAUUUAUCAUUUUUAUCAGAUAAAAAAGAAACCACACAGCACACUCCAGUGAAGAAGCCAAAAGUGGAAUCAGUAUUAUACAAGAGUGAUGACUCCUCUGAUGAAGAUUCUCUUCACAUUGACACAGAGGCCAAGCCAGGGCGCAAUUCUAAAGCGAAGAAAGAGGCUGCAAGUUCAGCUGGCAUUCUAGAUCUUUUGCAGGCAAGCAAGGAAGUUGGGGGUUUAGAGUACAACAGCAACAGUCAACCACCUGCAUCUCCCAGCACACAGGAAGCUAUCCAAGGAAUGUUAUCAAUGGCAAAUCUCCAGUCUUCAGACUCUUGCCUACAGCCUUCAUGGGGCUCCAAUCAAGCUAAGAAUAAUUCCAUCUCUGCCACCAACUCCAAAAAAUCUGGAAGCAGCAAUAGCAAAAAUGCGGGCAAACGAUUGUUGAAAAAGACUGCAAAAAACAAUAUUGAUAUUGAAGAUUAUGACGAAGACCAGGAUCACUUAGAUGCUUGUUUUAAAGAUUCUGAUUAUGUUUAUCCCUCCCUUGAAUCAGAUGAAGAUAAUCCAGUGUUCAAAUCUCGAUCAAAAAAGAGGAAAAGUUCUGAUGACGCCCCAUACAGCCCCACAGCAAGAGUUGGUCCAUCAGUACCACGGCAGGACAGACCAGUCCGAGAAGGUACAAGAGUUGCUUCUAUUGAAACUGGACUGGCAGCAGCUGCUGCCAAAUUAUCUCAGCAGGAGGAGCAAAAGGGCAAGAAGAAAAAGAAUACCAAAAAGAAACUAUCUCCCAACAAUGCCAAUAAAAUCCCUCAGGAAGGCAGCUCUCCUGAACCUCGGCUGGAGUGCCAUAGCAGUAGUUUAGCAGACCAUGAGUACACAGCUGGUGCCAGCACACUUGGGGUGGCCCAAAUGAACAGAGGCCCUCAGCCCAUGGCCCCGGGAGUUUUUCUCACACAGCGGAGAGCCUCAUCAUCAUCACAGAAUAAUGCAGCUGCCAAAGGGAAACGUACAAAAAAAGGCAUGGCUACAGCUAAACAAAGGCUUGGGAAGAUUUUGAAAAUUCAUCGGAAUGGGAAACUUCUCCUUUAAAAUCUGGUCAUAAUUGGGACUAUCAAAGCUCAGCAUAUCCUGAGCUGUCACGCUAGCUCUUCAACUCUUGAAGGACUCCAGUAGUAUUGUGCAACAUCUUAGGGACAAUACCAGUUAACUUUUUGCCACCACUUUAAUAAAUUCUUUUUAACUUUCGGCAGUUAAAACCUGUACAGAUACUGCUAUAAAUAUUUUUUAAUAUAGAUGUCCUUUCUCAAAUUGCUGAGAGUGACUAGUUCGCAAAAAGUUAAUACUCCAAGACACUGAGGAUCAUUCCAGUUUUAGGAAAGUAUCCCUUUAACUUGUUUAUAAGUGAGGAAAAAGCUGUUGUUUUUAAGAGUAUGCAUAUUCAUUUCAAUUAUACUUCUUUUAUCAAAGUUGAACCAAUUUUAAAGAGGUAUCUGGUUAAAAGGCAGAGUUUUUUAAAAAAAGUUUCUCAAAUUGACUUGUAGACAAGGGAAAGAAAUUUAUGCCAUGACUAUUUGAGAUACAAUACAUGCAUGAAACAAUAUGCAUAAAGAAAUAAUCUACCUUUCUUUAUCUGGCUCAUGAUAAAUAUGUUUUAUUCAAAAGAGAAGUUAAAAUUGCACUUCAGCACUGCUAAAACUUUCCCUAUAACCAGACAUUGGAGAACUAUGGAUGACUUAAUUUAUUUUAUGUACAAAAAAAAUUAUGGAUUACAAAUCAUUAAUUGGGUAAUGAUUUGGAUAUAGGUAAUUAAUGAGCUGGUGCAGUUCUUUGGACAUCAAAAGGGUUUUUAAAUUAGCUUUGGUUGGUGUUGGUUUGCAUCUCUUUUCAUUGAUAAAUUUUUAGCACUCCCGCUGUUUCUUAUAUAUAUUGUUUUAACUUUGGUCCCAUGGUAUGUUUUCCAUGCUCAAAUGUCUUUGUUCUCAUAACUGAAUAUCGAUGAGUGAUAGGAAUUAAAGAUCAGCAAACAGAUACAACCCUUCUCUCCUUGCUAAACUCUCACAAUUAUGUGUAAUUGAGUAAAACAUUACAAAUCAAUUGGUACCUCAAAGUCAAAGUCUGAGAACACUGACUCUUGACUAUACUUAUAUAACAUGGUUUAUAGCCUAUAGAGGCUAAAGCAAAAUCAAAUCAAUUGUACUAUAUCUUAGUAUGUUGCGUGGGCCAUCAUUUUAAACUGUCAUUGUUUGCUUUGGCUUCUCAAGUUGUGUGAAUAGAGCCACCGUGUUUUUAUAAACCAUAGUUAAUGGAUUAAUGUGUUUACAUCCAGUCUGAAUUUGAUGAUUUAUUUCUCUUUCUCUCACCUGUUCUAGCUAAACAUUUGUUUACAUGACCAUGGAAACUGGAAGUAUUUCUUCCCCCGUAUACAUAAAAAAUGUAUAUUUUUUAUUCAGCAUUGCUGUUUUGAAAUUAUAUCACCAUUAAUUUAACUUUCAAGGUAGGGUGGAAUCCACCAUUUAACCUGAUAGCAUUGUAGCUUCUGCUUGGGUGCUCAUAAUGCACUGAUAACAUGACAUUGGAGAAUAUGUAGGAAAAGAGAUGCCAGGAUCAUUCCAAGAUACUGCUGCCAGGACCUUUGUUCUGCAAAGUGUCAAAGUGUCCGUUUUCUUUGUGCAACCUGAGUAGGUAGCAGGCAUAUCACCAUCAUCAUCAUUAGACAGGGCUGUGAAGCACUGUGAAUGGGUAUAUAAGUCUAAGUUCUGUUAGUGUCUUAUAAAAUGGCAUCCUUAGUCAAAUAUCUCUUUCCUUAUUUCUUUGAAGGGGCUUUUAAUCUCCCUCUAGCAGUUCACACUUAAGUUCAUGACGGAUGAUUUACCUCAUAAAUCAUUUAUGUCAGGGGUCUCCAACCUUGCUGGCUGAGGAACUCUGGGAGUUGAAGUCCACAAGUCUUAAAGGGACCAAGGUUGGAGACUCCUGACUUACGUUAUCUCGAGAUGAACAGAUGAAGACAAUGGUUCUUUUUUCACUUCCAUUUCCCUGCAUCAUGGAUUAAUUCCUGGAUCAUGUAAACAAAUCAAGCAAAGAAGCUGUUGUCCUGCGACCCCCAAGCACUUAUUUUCUGAUCUAUAACCAAACCCUUUUCCUUGAGCUGCAUAUCAGGAGAAAAAGUACCCGAAACAAGAUUUAUUCCCCACCCCCAGAAAGGAAUACACACAAACUUUUUAGAGCUUAUGAAUCCAUUUAGUAAUAUAAUAGAUCAGCUAUCAGUUAUAUCUAAACCUCAGUUGCAAGUCCUGUAAUGAAGUAGCAGAACUGUGCAGCCCUAUCAGAGAGGUGUUCUGACAUUCACAUCCAUCCAAGCACUUCCUUUCAGAUAUGUUGUCUGAAGGAACAAGGGCUGUGCUCACCUAAGGGUCAGGCCAGAUGAGAGCCAAGCUUAUGGACAGUUUAACUGGAUACUUAUUGCUUCUGAACUCUCUUAGUGUUUGGUGUAGAAUGCAUUAUAUUUUACAUUAAACUAGCUUGUCUGCAUAUAAACACUUAGAGCACAAUCCUAUGCAUGUUUACCCAGAUAUCAAACCUGUCGCGUUCCAUGGAACUUACUCUCGUGUGUAGAGUACUAUGUACAGGAUUGUAGCCUUAAGGCGUUGCAUUUGUUUCUCAGGCAAUUCCAGAUUUUCAUUUAUAGAUACGUGUCUGAAAGCAUAUUUUUUCAUAGAAUCUAGCCUGUAAAUAGCUUUUUAAAGUACCUUCUUUUUUAUAAGAUCGAAGUAUCUUUAGACAUUUCUUUCUAUAGAAUAGUUCAUUAACCUUUAUACAAAUUUUUUGCUGAGUAUUUUGCCAAGUAUUUUUGGUUCAUGACUCUGAAAGAGAUACUCUGUUUUUGUCCUCAAUUUAAUUCCUUUUUCUCCCUUUUUUAAUUUUGGCAUUGCCUGAAAAACAAGUAAAACUUUGUGCAGCCUUAUACAGAAUCAAAUAAUAGUACAAAAUUAUCUAUUUAAGAUACAAUAUGAAGAAGAAUCUUCGACUUUAUAAUACCAGCUCCUUGUCUCAAUUCUUGUAUUAUGAGGGGAUACAAUUAUUUUAUUAGCACCUUGUGAAGUGUUUCUGUGUUUUGUGAUGAUGUAAUUUAUUAAUGUUUGUAGCUUUUUAUAUUUGUACAUUUCUUAUGAGCUUUGUUUAUAUACACAUUACCUGGAUGUGAUGUCCAUGAGGAAAAAAAUAAAACAGCUAUAGAAAACAACUGAGGCCUUAUUAACUGACCUUUCUAGUUAUGGUGAGGGACUGGGUCUGAAUUCUUGGCGUCAAAAAUGUUAGUUGAAUAGGGCCCCAGAGUUAAGCAAGUUUUUUAAAGCUUCCCUAGUAUACUGUUAUUGUCAAGCAUUUAUAUAAUAUAACGCAGACAUCAUGCUGGUUUUAUUAUUAUUAUUAUUAUUAUGUUUAUGAUUAUUAUUUUCACAACAUGUACAUUUCUAACAAAGUUUAUUGUGGCUAUCUAUUACAGUGUUUUAUUUACCAAUUCAUAUCAAAUGCUCUUGUAUCAAGUCCAUGAAAUCUAAGUAAACUUAGAUCAAAAUUUUAAAAGUAAAAUAUUUCAGGUUUUGUAUAGAAUUUGUGUUGGUGUGUUUAUUUAUAUACUACAUUUAAGUUGUUCUCCAUCAGUGAUUGAAGAGCAUUUCAUGCUUUGUUGCUUUCAGAGAUGGUUUCCUGCCAAAGU